UUUUUUUCUUUUUUUUUUUUUCUUUUUACCCCUUCUAUUUUUCUCCUGCCGGCUCGAACCGUGGCUUGCCCAGGUAUGCCUGCCUCACUGCAGCACCUUGUGCUGGUGCUCCUGCUCUCCAGUGCCACCCUGCUGCUCGGCACUGCGGCUGCUACACAGAGUGAGGAGCGGCUGUGUGCAUUUAAAGACCCGUAUCAGCAGGACCACGGAAUCAGUGAGAGCCGAAUCUCCCAGGAGAAUGGCACCAUUUUGUGCAUGAAAGGCAGUACCUGCUAUGGACUUUGGGAAAAAACACGAGAAGGAGACAUACAUCUUGUAAAACAAGGUUGCUGGUCUCAUAUAGGAGACCCACAAGAGUGUCACUUUGAAGAGUGUAUAGUUACAACCACCCCUUCCUUGAUUCAGAAUGGAACAUACCGCUUCUGCUGCUGUAGUACAGACUUGUGUAAUGUCAACUUCACAGAAAACUUCCCACCUCCUGACCCUACUGAUACAACACCUUACAAUUCUUCUCAUUCUUUUCAUCGAGAUGAGACCAUCGUUAUUGCCCUGGCAUCUGUGUCUGUACUGGCUGUUCUGAUAGCUGCUCUGUUCUUUGGAUACAGGAUGCUUGCAGGAGACCGUAAACAAGGUUUGCACAGUAUGAACAUGAUGGAGGCAGCAGCAUCAGAGCCCUCAUUGGAUCUGGAUAAUCUAAAGCUGUUAGAGUUGAUUGGCCGGGGACGAUACGGAGCAGUGUAUAAAGGUUCCCUCGAUGAACGCCCGGUUGCUGUGAAAGUCUUUUCUUUUGCCAAUCGUCAGAACUUUGUCAAUGAGAGGAACAUUUACAGGAUUCCACUGAUGGAACACGAUAACAUCGCCCGCUUCAUCGUGGGGGAUGAGAGAUUCACUGCAGACGGCCGGAUGGAAUAUUUGUUGGUGAUGGAAUAUUACCCCAAUGGUUCUUUGUGCAAAUAUUUGAGUCUCCACACAAGUGACUGGGUGAGCUCUUGUCGUUUGGCUCACUCCAUAACCCGGGGCUUGGCGUACCUGCACACGGAGCUGCCUCGAGGAGAGCAUUACAAACCCGCCAUCUCCCACCGGGACCUGAACAGCCGCAACGUGCUGGUGAAGAACGACGGCGCCUGCGUCAUCAGCGACUUUGGGCUCUCCAUGAAGCUGACUGGGAACAGGCUGGUGCGGCCGGGGGAGGAGGACAACGCAGCCAUUAGUGAGGUCGGUACAAUCCGCUAUAUGGCCCCAGAAGUGCUGGAAGGAGCAGUGAACUUGAGGGACUGUGAGUCUGCUUUGAAACAAGUAGAUAUGUAUGCACUGGGCCUUAUCUACUGGGAGAUAUUCAUGAGAUGUACAGACCUCUUCCCAGGGGAAUCUGUGCCAGAGUACCAGAUGGCUUUCCAGACUGAAGUCGGAAACCAUCCCACUUUUGAAGAUAUGCAAGUCUUGGUGUCUAGAGAGAAGCAAAGACCAAAAUUCCCAGAAGCAUGGAAGGAGAAUAGCCUGGCUGUGAGGUCACUUAAAGAAACAAUUGAAGAUUGUUGGGAUCAAGAUGCAGAAGCUCGACUAACAGCACAGUGUGCUGAGGAGAGGAUGGCAGAACUCAUGAUGAUUUGGGAGAGAAAUAAAUCAGUUAGUCCAACAGUCAACCCUAUGUCAACUGCCAUGCAAAAUGAGAGGAAUCUGUCACAUCACAGACGUGUAUCAAAAAUAAGGCCAUACCCAGAUUAUUCUUCCUCUUCCUACAUUGAAGAUUCAAUCCACCAUGCUGACAGCAUAGUGAAGAACAUUUCUUCUGAGCAUUCAAUGUCCACUACACCCUUGACUUCAGGGGAAAAGAACAGAAAUUCCAUUAACUACGAGCGGCAGCAGGCACAAGCUCGCAUCCCUAGUCCCGAGACAAGUGUCACCAGCUUGUCCACCACCAACACAGCUGGCCUCACUCCCAGCACUGGCAUGACCACCAUAUCCGAAAUGCCUUACUCGGAUGAGACAAACUUGCACACUACAAAUGUCAUGCAGCCGGGUGGGCCCACCCCUGUUUGCCUGCAGCUAACGGAGGAGGACUUGGAGACAAAUAAAUUGGAUCCAAAAGAAGUGGAUAAGAACCUGAAAGAAAGCUCUGACGAGAAUCUGAUGGAACAUUCGCUUAAGCAGUUUAGCGGGCCAGAUCCACUGAGCAGCACCAGUUCCAGCUUGCUUUAUCCACUGAUAAAACUUGCAGUAGAGGUGACAGGACAGCAGGACUUCACGCAAGCUGCCAACGGUCAGGCGUGUUUGAUUCCUGAUGUCCCAUCCGCUCAGGUCUAUCCUCUACCCAAGCAGCAGAACCUCCCCAAGAGGCCUACCAGCCUCCCUCUAAACACCAAAAAUUCCACAAAGGAGCCACGGCUAAAAUUCGGUGGCAAGCACAAAUCCAACUUGAAGCAAGUGGAGACGGGCGUUGCCAAGAUGAACACUAUCAACGCCGCCGAGCCCCACGUGGUGACGGUCACCAUGAACGGGGUGGCCGGGCGGAGCUCGCACGCCGGCGCGGCCCCGUUCGCCAACGGCGCGGUGCCCUCGGGCCAGGGCAGCGGCUCGGCGGCGCAGCGGGCCCAGGAGGGGGGGGAGCCGCUGCUGCGGCGGGAGCAGCAGGUGGGCCACGACGAGGGCGUGCUGGAGCGCCUGGGGGACAGGAGGGAGCGGCCGCUGGACGCCGGCCGCACCAACGCCAACAACAACAACAGCAACCCCUGCGCUGACACGGCUGCCAGCAGCCAGGCUGCAGCCAGGAACCCCGGGCACGGCCAGCCCAGGAGAGCACAGAGGCCCAACUCGCUGGAUCUGUCGGCCACGGGUAGUUUGGAUAGCAGUAGUAUGCAGUUAGGUGACUCCUCGCAGGAUGGCAAGUCAGGCUCAGGAGAGAAGAUCAAGAAGCGCGUGAAGACGCCGUACUCUCUCAAGCGCUGGCGCCCGUCCACGUGGGUGAUCUCCACGGAGCCGCUGCACUGCGAGGUCAACAACAACGGCAGCGAGCAGGCAGUGCCCCCCAAAUCCAGCACUGCUGUCUACCUUGCAGAGGGGGGCACUGCCACCACCAUGGUCUCUAAGGACGCAGGGGUGAACUGCCUGUGAAAUGCUUCAAACGCCGGCAAAUGACCUUUUUUUUGCGUUCUUUGAAACAAACAUGCAGAAGACGUUUUAACAAACUGCUUUCUCCUCCUGUCAGCAUCCCCUACCAAGGACUCGCUUUAAAUAGAUUUCAGCUAUGCAGAAAAUUUUUAGCUUAUGCUUCCAUAUUUUUUUAUUUUGUUUUAUUUUUUGAACGUUUUUGCACUUUUAUUUAGUAUCGCUAAAGUUAAGUCUGUCUGUUUUGACCACGGAAUAUAUAUAUGUGUAUCAAAGAUGUGGUCUCAAAAUAUUUUUUUAAAAAAAAAAGUAACAAAAAAAAGUAUUGCUGAUAAUCAGUUUGGACCAGUUUCUUAAGGUCACUAAGAUCAUAAACAGACUAUAAGACAGGUUUGACUGCAGUGGUGUCUUGUAACCAUGUUUUGAUUUCUGUGCACAAGCUAGUCUGUAUAUUUCUAUGUUACAAAGUGUAUUCUCUUUUGAAUCCUUUAUUUUCCUUGUGUCAUGUUGAAAUGUGCAAUAGUCUAUAGUUCACAGUAGGCUUUAUUGAAAAGUGUGUUUCUAAAACUGCCACAUGUUCCCAUUUUUGUAUUUGUUAAUUUUUCCUUGACAGUUGAGCAGUCAGCCGGUCAUGACAGUGAACUUUGCACAUCGUAGCCAGCUUGAAGCAGCUGCCAAUAUCACAUUGUGCUCAGAGGUGACAAUGCAUGAAUUUCCCCCAACUUGAAAGGGCUUUAAAAAAGGAACAAAAAAAAAAAAUUGGAGCUCCGUACCUUUCUUUGAAUCCUCCCAAAUCAAAAUGUGUUUCCUUUAUAGUAGUAGAUGCCAGCCUGUGAAGUGGAGUAACAAAAUGUUGAACAAAUGUAAGGAAACAGUGUCAGCCAUUUUUUCCAUUUUAUUUUGUGUGCAGUUUCACCCCCUGUAUUUAUGUAAAACCUUAUUUAGAUCACUAAUGAUGUACAUUGAAAAAUACAUUUUAUUCAGAAAUAUUAAUAGUUGUCAUACUUAAAAGCUUGAGUGAAGAUAGGUUGUGAACGUAUUUUGUUUACACAGAGAAAAAAAAAAUGAAUCUUACUUGGCACAAAACAAUUUUGUGAUGAGUCACAAGUCUUUCCUGAUUUACCUCCUUACAGACAGUAUGGGGUAAAAAUCAGCCUGAUUACUUAUGCAGGUGGGUGCAUCCUAAUUGAUUGUUGUUGCCAAGUUGAGUUGAAACUCAUCCUCCCUUCAGAGUUCUUAGAGGCCCUCAUUCAUCUUGUUAAAAUUUAUUGCAUGCUUUUAAAAUUCAUGGAUGUUUGUGGGGGAGGGUUGGGGAUUUCUUUUCCCCUUUGCUUAGUCCCUUCUUUCAGUUUGUAUGCACAUUGAUUUUAGCUGUCAGUGAAUGUGAGUGUAAUAUAUAUUGAGAUAAUUUUUUUUUUCACUAUCUCAAGUUAACCUUUCCUUUUUUUGGAAUGGUUGGUUUUACUGUCUACUAAAAGAAAAUUAAUUUUCUUAUUAGUUAGAACCUCCUUCCACCUAAGAAAUAGCCUUCCACCUGACAAACAUUCUUUCCAAUUGAAAACACUUCAGUAAAAUCUAUCUGGGUAUAAAAAGGUGUACCACAUCAGUCUUUGGUAACAAGCAAAGAUUUAUCACUUCAUCUGAAAACUGGUGAUGUUCAAAGAAAGAAAAUCAGUUCAGUCAGCCUGCCAGACUCCUGUGGCAGGAUACUGGCAGCACACAAUCGCCUCCCCCAGCCUGUCUCCUUUCAGCUGACUGAAGCAGAUGCUCUCUGCUCUUAAGCUCAUUUGUUUCCUUGCUGUUUCACCAUUUUUUCUCCCUGAGGUAAACUUUGCCAACCUUGUUCUUCUCUAUCUGUUGAUACAGCUAACCUAAUACAUGCCUUGCUUGCAUCUGAUUCUUGCUGUUCCCCAAAAUCCUUGCUUGUGCUUGAUUGCUAUGAUUUUUCUCUUGUAAUGCUUCUUAACAUUUCUUAGAUUCUCCUAGAUAUCUCCAAGAGAUAGCACUAUAAAUCCAGACUUUGAUUAAGUGUAGAUAUAGAAAUACAAGCCACAAGGCACAUUUUGAUCUCCCUGUGUUCUUUAAGCACCAGUUCAAAUAGUACCUCUUGUCUCUGAGGCAUAAGAAUGUUUUCCCCCUGUAUAAAACAGUUAUAUCUCCCCUUUUUAAAAACACAGCCUUCUUCUGGUUUGACUUUUAAUUCACUCUCUGGCUUCCCAUCUGCUGCAGUCUCAUGUCCCAGAUGUUGAAAACCUGCCAGUUGCUCAGCUGGGUUUCAAGACCUGAAUCAGAAUUUCUGGCAUUCUGUUCAUAUUGCUCACUGUGGCUCUUUUCUCUUGUGGCCUCCUGUGAAUCUCCAUUUGGAGUGCACAGUGGUGUUUUUGGUGAGCACCCUAUCGUGGUGUUGAGGGUUCUUCACUCCUUUCCCCAAGACUUUUGCUUUGCCUUGCAUGUAUCAUCCAUCAGCAUUUCAGAAUGUGGGCUGAAAACAGUAUUUAGGACUCUUACUAACUCUGGGGAGAGAAAAAUUACUUCUCUGACUGCUGCUUCUUUCUGCUGAGACAGAAUUGCACCAGUCUUGUAGCCUUUCUUUGCAGGCCAUGCCUUUGUAAGAAAUCCAACUUUCUUGUGAUCAAUGCAAUCAGACUAACUUUAAUACCAGAUGCAAAUGUUCUGCAGUUUUCCUUCAGCAUUCUUAAACAAUACUUUUUUCCUUUCCUUUGUCUAUUUCUGUUACUUGCUGGAGAGCCUUUGGAAUGAAUUAUAAUUAGUAGCAAGCUUGUCUGUGCAAUCUACCAUGCAUAAAUAUAAUUUGUAACAUGACAGAAAAAUGUACUUUAUCAUGAAAUACCCUAUAGAUUAAAUAGAUAAAAAUCUAUUCUUUUUUAAAGGUCAGUCAAAGCAAAUUCUUGAGUAGGUGUCAAAAUACUGUAAUUCUGCACAGCUAGAUGAAAUCAGAUUAGCAGUUUGGUUUUAAUGUUUAAUGUAGUAAUGCUAUUUUUUUCCUCACAGCACACAAUCCACUGUCCAUAGAAUACUUUCUCAGUAAGUUAAAUGAUACUGAAUUUUAUCUCAUGCCACAGGGGAUCAUCCUUAACCAAACAAAAUACAUGUGAGAGAGAGACUCCUACAAAUCAAACACAGGGACAGUUGAUACUGUACAGUAAACAAGGAAGACAAAUGUGAUUCAUUUCCUUGUGAGUUAUGAUUUUGCUUAUUUUCUUUGGUUCUUAAAAUAAUGAAAGUUGAUAAUUUUCUAUCAAUUUCUCAUGGGUAUUGCUGACAAGAUAAAUAUAGCAAAAUUAAAAUAGAAUGGUAGUGUAAAUACCUAUUAAUUGUGCCACUGUCAAAUAUAGUAGAAUAUUUGUUAUGGUAAUUUAUAAUGGAGAAUUCAAGUAAAAGGAUAGAGAAAACAUUUUUUGUGUUUGUCUGUAGAAGACAAAAUCCAAAAUCUUGCUAGGUAUAGAGAGUGGCUCACUAGUAGAAGCCAGGAGAGUUGCUUAGGUUAAUGCAUUGUCUCUUCUUCUGUUUCCUGUGAUAGAGAUACCAACAUAACAUGGUUUCUAGAAUGUGAGUUCUAACCCUUUGAACACAUGUCUUCUAAAAUUGGUAUUUACAGGUCAGAUUAUCUGCAACCCUACCCUGAAUUUGUUUUUAAUGCUUUACAGCUUCAUAUGCUAGCCAGUUAAUAUUACCAAGGCCUUUCUUGAAACUCCAAGAUGCACUUACACUGCACAGCUAAAGUAAAGGUAUUUCUAAUUUAAAAGAAAGCCAUCUGAUAGUAUCAUAAUUAGAAUAUUUUCAGAAACAAUAUUUCUGCUCUUGUUUAGCUUUCUUAGUGCCACCUGUUUGUCUCUUGUUUUCAUAUAGAAAAUUUACCUAAUUUUCAAAGGCAACACAUUUUGAUUUUUUUUCAGUGCACUGGGCACAAAACAAUGCAAGAUAGAUGCUGGCAAUUUUCAGGAAACAAGCAACAAAAACCGCCCACCUCAUAAAUAUGUUCAGAAAGUUCAUAUCCCCCUACCUGUCAGCUUUCUCUAAAAGAAAUCUGGAAUCCUACCUGCCUCAGAGAAGAGAAUAAGGAAGUUCUUUAUUGUGUGGAAUAAAUCAAUAAAUCAAACUUAAUAGUGAUGAAUUCUUACUUAAAAAUAUGUAUGCAUACAUUGCAUAUGCCCUAGUUAAGGUGUUCAGUGCAUUUUGCUCUAAUGAUAUUCCUUUUUGCAAUGUUAAAAAAUAUCCACUAAUAUAACAUUACUGUGUCUGUGUUCAGAUUAUAAUUUUCUUUAAUGAAAAAUACAAAAGUUCAUAGCCUUUCUGCCACUAAAAUGUUAUUGUGGACAUUUCUUGCCUAAUUAGGGAGAAUUUUAAAAUUUACAUAUUUAGUCUAUACAUUAGAAAUUAUUUAUGCUGUAAUUUUUACUUGUAUAAAAAUGAUGGCUGGUCCCAUUGCUGAAAUAGGCUGGGUUUAAGCCAUAAAAAUAAAAAUUGCCAAAUACAGUAGCAUAUAAAUGACCUGAUGUCUAAUUUGAAGUUUUGUAGCUGCUCAUCUAAGUAAAUUGAAAUUGGAUUGAGGAGUCUUUGAAAGUUGGAUCAUAGACUGGACAACUUAGUGUUUUGCAUGAAUUUGGAUUAUUUGAACUUCUCUGUCUGGUCUCCCUGGUUACCCAUUUUAGCAGGUAAAUAUAGUUACCUUUUUAAAACAUGCUUACUAUUUUUUGUUCAGCCUCAAGCCUUUCUUCAGUGCAAAAACUAUACAUAUUGCAGUGAAGCCAGAUCUAUAUAUUUUUAUGUAACUCUGUAUGUACGUAGAUGCAUAUGUAUGUUGUGAGUAAGUUCCAGGAUUAAAUUCUGUGAGUUACAGCAUCAGAUGAUAGCACUGGUAGAAAGUAUAAUGUUGGGAGGGGGUUUCAUAUGCCAUUUUAAAAUUGUAGUGCAUCACAGUAAAGCUGGGAUCAGACUGUGACACAUCGUCCAGGAGUUCAAGAUCUCCUGUGACAGACUUGUCACAGAUCGUUUGGGCAGAAUGGAUUUAUGAGAGAGAGAGA